AGUUUAUUUUCAGGUUAGCUCCGGGAGACGGCUGUGGAGGUGGCAAACUCGCCGCUGCUAAAGGGCUUUCCCCGCAGCUCUUAACAAUGCUUUUCUUCGACUUUUGGAAUUAAAACGUGAGAGGAAAAGGUCUCCGGAGCGGCCCGGGCUCCGUUGUGAGAUGUUGCUGCUUGUUUUGUCAGUAUUUCCAGGCGGCGACACACUGACCCAGCCAGGCUAACCGAGCUAACACUAGCCGCCUCGCAGCCUCGCAGCAAGGCUCCUAUUUUUAUUUCCAGACUGUGAUUGUUUCUUAAAGUGUCACAACCAGGAGGAGGUGGAGGAGGUGUUUUUUUUUUUGUUUUUUUUUUACUACGUCCGAGCCGCGGCUGCUGUCUGUGUGGGAGUAAAAAAAAAAAAAGUGUCCACUUCAGUCAAAAUCCAUGCGUUUUUUUAGUGUGAAAAUAGUGAGCGGACUGUUGCUGAGAUGCAGCGCUGAUCCUCGCUAACAUCCGUCUGCUACUGAGAGAGGGUCAGGGCUGCAGGCAUGGCAGCGGGGGGAUACUCGGACCUGCGGGAGAAGCUCCAGUCCAGAGACGAGCUCAGGAGCCCCGAGGACGGGGCCAGCAACGGCGGCAGCGGCGGCAACGGCAGUGCGAAGGCCCGCAAGCGCAAGUACCGGGACUCGGACUCGGAUAACGAGCUGAGCGACGACAGCUCGGAGCUGCGGGAGCUGCGGGAGAGCGAGGCCCGGCGGGUGAGCGGCAGCAUCCAGCAGAGCAGCGCCUUCAGCCCGCAGGACUGCGCCCUCAUCGAGGAGAAGAUAGACGAGGUGGUGGCCCAGGGAGAGGCUGGACUCUACCGGGAGCACACCGUGGACCGGGCCCCGCUCCGCAACAAGUACUUCUUCGGGGAGGGCUACACGUACGGAGCCCAGCUGGAGAAGCGCGGGCCGGGCCAGGAGAGGCUGUACCGCAAGGGGGAGGUGGACGAUAUCCCCGGCUGGGUCCACGAGCUGGUGAUCAAGCGGCUGGUGUCCAGCGGGGUGAUCCCGGAGGGCUUUGUCAACAGUGCGGUCAUCAAUGAUUACCAACCCGGCGGCUGCAUCGUGUCACACGUGGAUCCCCUGCACAUCUUCGCCAGGCCCAUCGUGUCCGUGUCCUUCUUCAGUGACAGCGCGCUCUGCUUCGGCUGCCGCUUCCAGUUCAAGCCGAUCCGGGUGUCGGAGCCGGUGUUUGUCCUCCCGGUCAGGAGAGGGAGUGUCACAGUACUCAGUGGCUAUGCUGCUGAUGAAAUCACCCAUUGCAUCCGGCCCCAGGAUAUCAAGGAGCGACGUGCAGUAAUCAUCCUCAGAAAGACCAGACCUGACGCGCCUCGGCUGGACUCCGAAGGCCCUUUAAAACCUUUCCCUGCAGUGAAACCUAGUCCGCUGAGAGCCAAACGUUCUCAUCGCAAAGCAGACCCUGAUGCUGCUCACAGGCCAAGGAUCCUGGAGAUGGACAAAGAGGAAAACAGACGUCCCUCGAUCUCCUCCCAUCCCCGUCGGCACAGCAUCAGUUCAGAGAACCACGGGAGGCGUGGGCAAGACAACGAGAAACACAGCGAGAGUUCAGGGCGCAAAGUCAAGAUGAGACGCCACUAAGAUCUUCUUUUACACUCUCAUACACACAUAAAUAUCCCUGCUCUUUUGUGUAUGUUAAUAUUGUAAUUUUCUUUCAUCAGUUAUUGAUUUGUUCGUCCAGUUUAAGGCUGGCACAAGGAGCACAGUCACGUCUUCAUCUUCAUUUUUAGUAUGGAUCAGCUUGAGUGUACAUUAGUGUCUGGCAGACAAAACUGGCGUUGCUGCUCCAUAUUAGAAAAAGCUCAAGUUACUCACUACAGUAAAGUUCUGUUAAACUCUUGAGUUACUUUUAAAUAAAACUUCUUUUUUUUCCCUUGUUCAUAGUUAAUUCAAAAUAUCAUGUAUUUUUUUGUACCUGAGAUGUAUAGACUAAGAACUAAAAGGAAAAUGUAUGUAUGGACUUGUACAAAAGCAAACUUGAGUUGUAAUCUACACUUGUUAUAAUGUACAAUAAGUUUGUAAAGUCUUUGAUUGGGGGAUUGCAUGGAGAAGGAUCUUGUUUUUCUCCUCUGCACCUACAUUUCAGAACUUUUGCUUAGCGUUUUUUUUUUUUUUCCUUCACUUUAAUUUUCACAUUGCAGUUUAAGUUUCAGCAGCUGCCACACAUGCAACCUUCCUUACUGUGUUAUGAUUUAACCCUCAGUGGUGAUCACAACAUGGUCUACGAACUAAACUGAUUCUUUAUGGAGUGAUUAAAAAGAAACCUCAGGUUGUUGUUGUUUUACACUCCUGCUUCAGUCUAAAGUUACUUUACCUUUUAUUAUCAGUUGGGCCAUGUCAUUGCACUUCUGUAUUAAAUGCAAUUUUUCCUCA